UGCAGCUGGAAGUAAACACGCAGGACCUUGAGUCACAGAUGUUCCAGCUGUGACUUCUCCUCAGAUUCUUGAUGGGACCGUCGGAAAGGCCAUCCAUUGGCUGGACACCCAAGGAAGCAGAGAUGCAAAUUGGCCCCCAGCCUGAUGGAUGGAGCAGGGGAUGGAAACCUGGGGACGGGGGUGCUGUCCCCCUGNCCCUCUCCCCAGCACUGUCCUUCCUCCUUCUGUUCCCACUGGGUAAGUGUUCCCAGCCACUCCCUGCCACUUUUACAGAGCUGAGGCUGGUAGGGGGCCCAAGCCGCUGCAGAGGGCGCCUCGAGGUCAUGCAUAGCGGCUCCUGGGGCAGUGUUUGCGACGAUGACUGGGACGUUGUAGAUGCUAACGUGGUGUGUCGUCAGCUGGGCUGUGGCCUGGCAUUGCCGGUGCCCCGGCCCCUCGCCUUUGGCCAGGGCAGAGGGCCCAUUUUCCUGGACAAUGUGGAAUGCCGCGGGCAGGAAGCGUCUCUGAGCGAGUGUGGCAGCAGGGGCUGGGGUGUCCACAACUGCUUUCACUAUGAAGAUGUGGCAGUCCUGUGUGAUGAAUUCUUGCACACACAGCCCCCAACGAGGAAGGUGUUAACCAGUAUGGCACCCGCUACAGCCCUCCAAAAUGGGAAAAGUGAGGGCAGUGUGCGUCUGGUGGGCGGUGCCAGCCCGUGUCAAGGCCGAGUGGAGAUUCUGCAUGGUGGCGUCUGGGGCACUGUAUGCGACGAUGACUGGGGGCUGCAGGAUGCUGCUGUUGUGUGCCGCCAGCUGGGCUGUGGGGCCGCCUUGGCCGCCACCACUAAUGCCUUUUUCGGCUAUGGUACCGGGCAUAUCCUGCUGGACAAUGUUCACUGCGAAGGUGUCGAGCCCCGCCUGGCAGCCUGCCAGAGCCUAGGCUGGGGCGUGCACAACUGCGGACACCACGAGGAUGCUGGGGUGCUCUGUGCAGGUGCCAGGGGCAGCGGGGGCUGGGCCAGGCUACAGGGGCGGGGUCUUCGGAAGGAGUGGGCCACGGGCUGCAAUAGGGAGGGGAGCCUGCAGUCCCAGGUCAUCCCCUGGCACCGGCCUGUGCGCCCCGCAGGCGGGAGGCUGAGGCUGGUCGGGGGCCCGAGCCCGUGCCGCGGCCGAGUGGAGGUGCUGUACGCCGGGGGUUGGGGCACCGUGUGCGACGAUGACUGGGACUUCGCGGANGCGCGCGUGGCCUGUCGCGAGGCGGGUUGCGGGCCCGCGCUAGGCGCCACGGGCCUCGGUCAUUUUGGCUAUGGCCGAGGCCCUGUGCUGCUGGACAACGUAGGCUGCACCGGUACCGAGGCCCGCCUCAGCGACUGCUUCCACCUGGGCUGGGGACAGCACAACUGCGGCCACCACGAAGACGCCGGAGCGCUAUGUGCAGGCCCAGAGGAACUGGGACUCCAAGUCCAGCAGGCUGGUUCUGAGACCACCCGAAUGCCCAGUCCUCGGCCCAGAGAUGGGCACCUCCGUCUGGCUAGUGGAACACACCGAUGUGAGGGGCGCGUAGAACUCUUCCUAGGACAAAGGUGGGGCACUGUUUGCGAUGAUGCCUGGGACCUACGGGCAGCCAUUGUCCUGUGCCGUCAGCUGGGAUGUGGCCAGGCUCUGGCAGCCCCAGGAGAGGCCCACUUUGGCCCAGGCCGAGGCCCAAUCCUCUUGGACAAUGUCAAAUGCCGAGGAGAUGAGAGCACCUUGCUACUGUGCUCUCAUAUCCGCUGGGAUGUCCACAACUGUGACCACAGCGAGGAUGCCAGUGUCUUGUGCCAGCCAUUGUGACCCAGAUGGCUCUGUACUCCAUACCAUAUCAAAGGAGCCUAUGGGGAACUGNCUGUCCUUUCCCAGGAUGCCUUCCUAUGAUAGCUCGGGUUCCUGGUACUCCUUUCUCCCCAUGCAUGGGAGAUGCAGUACCUGCCCGAGUCCUCUUACUGUGUGUCCCGAGACUGUUAUCACCGGCGGAAGGCCCAAUACAGUGAACAUAGCAAUGUUUUGCUCAGCCAACUCAGAAAAUGUGGGAGAAUAACCCACUUCUCUUUGGGGGAACUCAUUUAUAUAGUACCCCCGAUCCUUCCUCUCUGCACCCACAUCCAUGAGGCUUGGGCUGUCUGUCUGUAAAUGCCUUCAAAACCUUCCCGUGACCUAUCUUGGUCUCCUGCUAAAAGUGGGGAGACAAAAGGGGUUGGGGUGCUCUUUUCUAUAAACUGGCAGGGGACUGCAGAAGAACCCAGGCCAUCACCUUCCCUGCUGGGUGAGGACCUGGACUCAGAUGGUGCUCCGAUGAACAAGGGGGCUGCAGGGGCCAAAGCAGGGACCAGAGGAGCCCUUCCUGCAGCUUCUCUGAUUUCCACUGCCCCCUCCCCCCCAUACAGAGCCUCUACUUUGCAGUAACAAAGAACCCUGGAGGCCCAUAGCCACUGUCCAUAGGUGCCAAGUAAAUAAAGCAUUAUC